UUUCUUUUAUAAAGUUUAUUGUUAUAAGGAAACCUUACCUCAAGAUUUAAUUCACAAUCUUUUAGAAUUUCAUAUAGUUCCUAACAUGAAACCUAAAAUUAAUGUACCACCUUCAAGAAAACCAAAUUUAAAAGUUAAACUUGAUUCAAAUUUAAUUGAAUCAAAACACAUUCCUUUAUUUGCUUCAUGGAUUGAUAAAAAAGAUACCUCUUAUAGUGUAAAUGGUAUCCCUUAUGAAUUUAAGUUAUUAUAUCGUUCAAGUAGAGAUGGGUUUAGCGCUACAUCAUUUCACAAAAAUUGUGAUAAUAAAGGAGCUACUAUUUGGAUGGCAAAAAUUCAAGGUUCAACUCAAUUAAUUGGAGGAUACAAUCCACUUGAUUGGAAUAGAAGUGGUAACUACAAAAAUACUUUAGAUAGUUUUCUAUUUAAUUUCCCAGAUGGAAAAGACAUUUCCACUGCAAAAUUAGGAUAUGUUAACUAUGCAAAUUGUGCUAUUUGCUGCAGUAGUAAUCAAGGUCCUAGUAUGGGUAAUUUAGAUUGCAAAAGUUCUAAUAGUAAUUGGGAAUUUCAUACUGAUUGGAGUGGUUACCCUAACAUAAAUAUUCCAGAAACUUUUACAGUGGAUUGUUAUGAAGUAUUCCAAGUAAUAAGAUGCUAAAAUAUAAUUAUAAAAUUUGAUUUUAACAAGAAAGAAUUUUUUAUUAGAUAAAAUUUUCUUUUCAAAUUAGUAAAUAUCAAAAUUUUUUUCACUAAAAUUUAUAUAUUAUUGUAUUGGCGAUUUCUAUUUGUACACGGGGUGUUCAAACACGGGUUUCCAAAAAAGUAAAUUUCCUAUGCUGAUCAUUUAAUGUUGGG